AUGAAAUCAAAUAAAGAUUUAUUAGAUUUAGAAAAAAAUGAUAUUACAAAGAAUGACAUUAAUUCAAAGUUUUUACUAAACAGUCCAAAUAGUUUAGAUAACAACAGUACCAGAGCCAAACCUAAUUUUACAAGAAUAGAAAGUUCAGUUUUAAGUAGAGUUAAAGAUUUUCUACCAAAGUUAAAAGAAGCAAAUAAUGAAUUAAAAAAGAAAAUGGAUAAUAAUGAAGAUGUUAAUAUAGAGAAUAUAAAAGAAGGUGAUGAAUAUAUCCAAAUGAAUUUGGCAUUGGGCAUUUUGGAGCAAAAAGAAGAAUUGAACGAAAAUAAUAUAAAAAUCAAUCCAAAUGCAAAUAAAAAUAAAUCAAUUGUAGAAUUAAAUAGUAAUAAUAAUAUAAAUAAAACUGAGGGUGAAAAAGAAAAAGAAAUUUUAAAUUGUACAGAUAAUAAUAAUAAUAAUAAUAAUAUUUUAGAAAUUUUAAAUCAACCAACAUCAGUAUUGGAUAAUUUUAUUUUAAAUAGUGAUGAAUCAGAUGAAGAGAAUGGUGAAAAUGAAGUUUUAGAGCCAAUAGAAGUAAAUUAUUAA